AUGCUUCAAACCAGGUUCACCAAGGCGCUAUGCACCCGAUCCAUGUCCAUAUUUCGAUCUCGAGCAGAAGAAGAGAAAUUGAAGCGAGCUAAAGCCAAGAGGCGCCAACCUUUAUACUCCGUGGAUCCCGAUGACGAGAAGAAUCUUCCUAUUUACGAGUACGGGUCUGCCACGCCUACCAAUCGCGUUUACACUUGGGGCAUGGCGUGUUAUGGUGCGCUUGGAGUGCCAAACUACGUUAGAAAGCGCUUGAACAACACCCGAAAAAGCUCUGAUGUGAUGCAUUAUCCAAAUCGGUGUCCGUUGGCUGAGAAACGAAUAACCACAAGCAUCGGGUGUGGACACGGAUUCACUGUAUUUGGCAUCAAAGACCCCGUCCAUCAUCUAUUGGGUACUGGUAUCAACACGGAUGGUCAAAUUGGUUAUCACGCACCAAGAAAGGAUCAUCCAUUGGAGAUAUUGAUCGCCCCCGUUCCCACAACCUUGGCUAUUCCCAAGGGCCACAACGUCAAGAGUAUCGGAUGUGGGCGUGCUCACACUAUAGUGCUUUCGUCAGACAAUCAAGUGUUUUCAAUCGGUAACAAUGCCUAUGGUCAGUGUGGCCGACCUGUUCUUCCGAACGAAGACUAUUUCCGUAAUCGAGUGAUCCACACUGUGAAAGGACCUUGGGAAUCGGCGGAUGAAGAUGAAACCAUUGUAGACGUUGUUUGUGGCCAAGACCACACAUUUUUCUUGAGCACCCGCGGCCAAUUGUUUUCUUGUGGUUGGGGCGCUGACGGACAGUUGGGUGGUGGCGAUUACGCCUCACAACACACACCUACGCUCAUCCAUGGAGAUUUGAAAGGAGAAAAUGUGGUGAAAGUGGCUUCUUCGGCUGACUGUGUGCUGGCUUUAACGGAUCAAGGCGAGGUGUUUGGUUGGGGAAAUUCGGAGUACGGCCAAUUGGCAUCUGUUACCGAUGAGCAACAGAUCAACACCCCUCACAAGCUCAAUACUCGAGGUCUAGGACGAAUCAAGGACAUUGCUGCGGGCGGCACAAUCUGCCUCAUAUUGAAUGAUCAACAUGACGUGUUCGUGUGGGGUUACGGGAUCCUAGGAAAAGGGCCCAAUUUGGAGUACUCCAAGAAACCUGAACUCAUUCCGCCCACGCUCUUCGGCUACAACGAGUUCAACACUCAGGUCCACGCCUCCAGUAUUCACGCCGGGGUUCACACCCAAGGUACCAUCAACUCCAGUGGUGAACUCUUCACUUGGGGCAAAAACAAAGGUUCGUGUUUAGGCCUUGGUCAUAAACACGACCAAUUCUUUCCCUUCAAGGUUAGCAUGCCUGGGGCAGUGACGAAGGUCAGUUUUGGCAUUGACCAUAUGGCUGCUUUGUGCAAGCCUUGGGCUUGAGAAUCAAUGCCAGAUUGGACGCAAAAAUGAAAGAAAUGAAUUGACUCAUUUUGGGAAAGCUUGUUUCUAAUUAUAUAACUGACAUAUCACGUUACAUUUAUUCUCGACUUAUAUAGCAUCAUACACAAAAUAGACUGGAUCACUUAUUGUUUUAGAUGAAAA